UUUAUCUAGAGUACAAUCAGUUGUUAUUCAAACCUCAAGUCAUUAGUACACACGUUCUCGGGUGGUUAAUUGAAAAGAGUUGUUAAGAUAGUGUUAAUUUUGUUUCUUCUUAAAAAUGUCAAAAAUUAAUUUACUUAUAUUCACCCUACUACUGGGUUCCUGUUUUGUUUCAAAUGAAGCAUCACGUUUGUCACGUAAAGGUAAAAUGGAUCCUACACCAAAACCCCUAAGUAAAGAAUCCUCAGAAUCGUCUGAGUCUGUCGAGGAGCCCACCUUUAAAAUUCUAGUUACACAUCCUGAAGUGCCUAAGGAAGCUUUAGAUUUAAUGAGUGUAUGUGAAGUGGUUGUUUGUCAAAGCUUGCCACCAAACCAAACAGAAAUCUUGGAAAAAGUUAAAGGUGCUCAUGGUAUAUUUUGGGGUGGUCACAAUCCUCUCAAUGCUGAAGUUCUAGAUGCUGCUGGUCCUCAGUUGAAGGCCAUUUCUACCAUGUCGGCUGGUAUUGAUUAUGUAGAUGUGGCGGAGCUUAAGAAACGUAAAAUUCCUUUGGGUAAUACCCCCACUGUUUUGAAUAAUGCUGUGGCCGAUGUUGCCAUGGGUCUUAUGUUGGCCGCUGCUAGACGUUUCCACGAGGGCAGAAAUAAAAUUGAUAGUUCUAAUUGGGAAAACUAUCAUUUGGAAUGGAUGUGGGGCCAGGAAAUACGUGACUCUACUGUGGGUUUCUUUGGUUUUGGCGGCAUUGGCCAGGCUAUUGCCAAACGCUUGAGUGGUUUUGAUAUCGAUCGUGUACUCUACACAACCCGCAAACGUAUUUCUAAGGAUUUGGAAAAAGAAUUCAAGGCUUCCAAAGUUCCAUUCCAUGAACUCUUGGCUCAAAGUGAUUUUGUUUUCAUUGCCGCCCCCUUAACUGCUGAAACUCAGGGUAUUUUUAAUUCCACUGCUUUUGCUAAAAUGAAGAAAACUGCUGUAUUGGUUAAUAUUGCCAGAGGACAAAUUGUGAAUCAGGACGAUUUGUAUACAGCUUUGAAAACUGGCCAAAUUUUUGCAGCCGGUUUAGAUGUUACGACCCCUGAACCUUUGCCUGCCGAUGACAAAUUAUUAACUUUGCCUAAUUUGGUCAUUACCCCACACAUUGGCUCAGCUACCAAGAGGACCCGUACUGAUAUGUCCAUUAUAGCAGCACAUAAUGUCUUGAGAGGUAUAGCAGGAGAACCCAUGUUUUCGCCAUUUCCCUCUAAAUCAAAUACUAUUAGGAUGUCAACAGCUCGUCGCAUUUAUAAAGUUCUCGUCUCCCAUCCAGAAGUUCCAACGCCCGUUCUCGAGUAUUUACGUCAACGCGGUUGUGAGACAAUCGUUUGUCAAAAUGUUCCCCCGGUUCGUUCGGAUAUUUUACAAAAAUUACCCGGUGUAGAUGCCAUCUUUUGGGCACACUAUCAACCUCUCAAUUCGGAAAUAUUAGAUGCUGCCGGUUCACAGCUCAAAGCGGUAUCAACAAUGUCCUCGGGCAUUGAUUAUGUUGAUGUGUCCGAGUUUAAAAGACGUCAAAUGCCAUUGGGCCAUACGCCGGGUAUAGUGAAAAAUUCCGUGGCAGAUUUAGCAAUUGGUCUGAUGAUAUCAGCUGGAAGAUUUUUCCAUGCAGGAAGGCAAGAAAUUGAUAAUUCUUUGUGGAAAACUGAACGCAUCAACUGGUUGAUGGGACAAGAAAUACGUGACUCUACUAUUGGUUUUUUAGGUUUCGGUGGUAUUGGCCAGGCCAUAGCCAAACGUCUACAGUGUUGGGAUACUAGGAAAAUUAUCUAUCACACACGCACACCCAAAGCAAAUGAUAAAGAAUUAAAUGCACAUCAUGUGACCUUUGAAGAGCUCUUAAAGGAAAGUGAUUUUCUAGUAGUGGCAUGUCCUUUAACGCCAGAAACCAAGGGGAAGUUUAAUGCAGAAGCUUUCGGACAAAUGAAGAAAAACUGUGUUUUUGUAAAUGUGGGCCGAGGAGGUAUUGUGGACCAAACAGCUUUAUAUAAUGCUUUGAAGUCGGGGCAAAUAUUUUCAGCCGGUUUGGAUGUCAUGACACCAGAACCUUUGCCAGCUACAGAUCCUUUACUAACACUUCCUAAUUGCGUAAUCAUACCUCACUUGGGAACUCAAACAAUAAAGACUACCACCGAAAUGGGAAUGGUUGCCGCCAAUAACAUUUUGAAUGCCUUGGAGGGUAAACCCAUGAUUUCGCCAGCGUACUAAAUAAAAUCAUAUUUGUAUUUUUACGAACUUAUUUUAUAAAGAAAUUAUCUCUUUCUUUAUUAAAUGUUAUCUUUUUAAUUUAAA